AUGAAUUAUAGUUGUUUGAAGCGUCACAUGAGAACUCACACGGGUGAGAAGCCAUAUUCUUGUGAAAAAUGUGAGAAAAGUUUCUAUCAAUGGAAUCAUUUGUUGGAACACAAAAAAACUCACACCGGUGAGAAGCCGUUUCCUUGUGAAACAUGUGGGAAAAGUUUCAGUCAGUGUAGUAGUUUGAAGAUUCACAUGAGAACUCACACUCGUGAAAAGCCGUAUUCUUGUGAAACAUGUGGGAAAAGUUUCGUUCAACGGAAUAAUUUAAAGGCUCACAUGAGAACUCACACGGGUGAGAAGCCGUUUUUUUGUGAAUCAUGUGGCAAAAGCUUCAGUGAACCGAGUUAUUUGAAGAUUCACAUGAGAACUCACACUGGUGAGAAGCCGUAUUCUUGUGAAAGUUGUGGGAAAAGUUACCAUAUACGGAGUCAAUUGACGUUUCACAUGAGAACUCACACUGGUGAGAAGCCGUAUUCCUGUGAAACAUGUGGGAAAAGUUUCGGGGAACGCAGUUAUUUGAAGACUCACAAGAGAACUCACACUGGUGAGAAGCCGUAUUCCUGUGAAACAUGUGGGAAAAGUUUCUGUAGACGGUCUCAAUUGUUGGAACACAUGAGAACUCACACUGGUGAGAAGCCGUAUUCUUGUGAAACAUGCGGCAAAAGCUUCACUGGAAGCAGUUAUUUGAAGAUUCACAAGAGAAUUCACACUGGUGAGAAGCCAUAUUCCUGUGAAACAUGUGGGAAAAGUUUUAUUAAAUGGAGUUCUUUGAAGACUCACAUAAGAACUCACACUGGUGAGAGACCGUAUUCUUGUCAAACAUGUGGCAAAAGCUUCAUUGAACAGAACACCCUCGCCCAGGCGACCCGACUGAAGGUGAUCAGACUCCAGUCCCAGUGUCCCAGCAGCACUCGCCCACAGGUCUGCCCUCUUAAUCCAUAG